AUGGGGGGACUAGGCAAGACUACUCUUGUAAAAAAAGUCUAUGACCACCAAAUAGUAAGAGGACACUUUGACUGCCAUGCUUGGAUCUUAGUCUCUCAAUCUUACAACAUAGAAGAUCUACUAAAGAGCAUAAUAAAGCAAUUUUGUGAGGCCAGAAGGGAGUUCCCAUUGCCAGGAAUUGACACAAUGGACGAACAGUCAUUGAUCAAUAUAUUAAGAGACUAUUUACCGCAAAAGAGGUAUGUGGUCGUAUUUGAUGAUGUAUGGAAAAUAGACUUUUGGGAUGAUAUAAAACAUGCUUUACUUGAUAAUCAUUUGGGUGGUAGAAUUGCAAUCACAACACGUAAUUGGGAGGUUGCUAAUUUUUGUAGAAAAUCUUCACCUAUUCAUGUUUACGAGUUGCAACCAUUGCCUCCCAAUGAGGCAUGGGAGCUUUUCUGCAAAAGGGGGUUCCAAUUUGAUUUUGGAGGACAUUGUCCCCAAGUGUUGGAGAAAUUGUCUCAUGAGCUUGUGGAAAAGUGUGAAGGAUUACCAUUAGCAAUUGUUGCAAUAGGUGGUCUUUUGUCAACCAAAGACAAAACUAUCUUGGAAUGGCAAAACUUGCAAAAUAGCCUUGGCAUUGAGUUGCAAAGAAAUCCACAUCUUUCAGCUAUCAACAAAAUUCUAUCCCUAAGUUUUGAAGACCUACCAUACAACCUUAAGUCUUACUUCUUAUAUCUUGAUAUGUAUCCAGAGGACUACUAUAUUAAUUGCAUAAAGUUGAUUCGACAAUGGAUAGCUGAAGGCUUUGUGAAAGAAAUUGAGGGUAAAACAUUAGAAGAGGUUGGACGAGAAUAUUUGACUGAACUAAUCCAUAGAAGCUUGGUUCAAGUAACAAGGGUCGACUUUGAUGGAAAAGUUAGACUAUGCCGACUCCAUGAUCUCUUCCGUGAGAUCGUCCUCCAAAAGAUGAAGGGUUUGAGUUUUGUUCAUGUUUUAUCAAAACAAGAGUCCAAGUUUGAGGGACUAACUUGUCGUAUGGCUGUAAAUAGAGUUUCAUAUAGUGUAUUGAAGCUAUUUAAGGACACACACAUUUUUUUCACUUUUAUUAUUCAAUCUUGA